AUGAAAAUUCAUAAAAUCCCAUGGUUAGGACAUUUCGACGAUCGCGGGCAUAGAUUAUCCAUUUUUUCUGUUCACGUACACCCAGAUGGAUCAAGGAUUGCUACUGGUGGAUUAGAUGGCACCGUUCGAAUAUGGUCAACCGAAGCAAUUCGUUUAGCGGACGGAAAUGAGGAAUUAAAAGUUCAUAAGCAGCUUUGCUGUAUGAGCACUCAUACUGGUACUGUAACUUCAGUGCGUUUUAGUCCAAAUGGGCAAUAUCUUGCUUCGGGAAGUGACGAUCGCGUAGUAAUAAUCUGGCACAAGGAAGAUGCAAUUCCUGGUAUUGGUCCCACUUUUGGUUCCAAUGAAACUCAUAUCGAAAAUUGGCGCAGCUAUCGUCGUCUUUUAGGGCAUGAUAACGAUAUCCAAGACAUUUGCUGGAGCUACGAUAGUCAAUUGUUCGUUAGUGUUGGUCUUGACAGCUCCAUAAUUGUUUGGAACGGAACGACAUUUGAACGCCUCAAAAGAAUUGAAGCACAUCAAAGUCAUGUAAAGGGAAUUACCUUCGAUCCAGCCGGGAGGUAUUUUGCUACCGAAAGCGAUGACCGUACAAUAAAAGUUUGGCGUGUUAGCGACUUUGCUCUCGAAAAAACUAUAUCCGAACCGUUCAAUAACUCUCCGCUGUCUACAUAUUUUAGAAGACCUUCAUGGUCUCCAGAUGGAAAACAUAUUGCUGCCUCUAAUGCUAUGAAUGGACCUGUAGGAUGUGUUUCGAUCAUUGAAAGAGGGACUUGGACCAGUGAUAUUAAUUUGAUAGGGCAUGAAGGGCCUGUUGAGGUAACUUCUUUUAACCCGAAACUGUUUAAGGACAGUAAUGACAAGCUCGUUUGCAUUUUGGCUUGUGGUGGACAAGAUCGUUCUUUAAGUAUAUGGACUAGCGCGACGUCAAGGCCAAUGCUAAAUUGCCAGAAUGUUUGUCAAAAAAGCAUCGGAGAUGUCUGCUGGUCUCCUGAUGGGUUGAGUCUGUAUCUUUGCUCCUACGAUGGUACACUUCUCGCCUGUACAUUUGAGGAACUCGAACUUGGGCAGAUGGUCAGUGAUGAGGAGAUUGCAAGGACUUUGGCAAAAUAUGGUCACGGUAGACAUGGUAUUGUUCUACCUGAAUCUUCAAAACAACUAUCUUUGGAAGAAUCAGUUGAAGCUGCUAAAUCUCUAUCCAAAAUAAAUAAUCAAGAGCCUAAUCCGCUACCCUCAGAAAUUCCGUCAACUCCUUUUAAAGAAAGUGAAUAUGGUAAACCUAAUUCACCCUCAAUCAAUAUUGAAGCAGUGCCUAAGGUAUCGAAUCAAUCUCCUAAGAAGGCACCAAGUACUGAGAAAGCUACAGUUGAGACUCCAAUAAAGAAUACUCAGAAGGUUACGAUUACAAAAGAUGGAAAGAAACGCGUUGCUCCUCAACUGUUGACAACGUUACAAGCAGUCCCUAGUACAUCACGUUUGCCGUCAACUCAAUUACAACAAAGCAGUGCUCCUCAUUUGCCUCCUCAGCAAUUUUCUCAACCAGUGAACUCUAUACCUAAAGGUGGUGUACCAAUUCUAGUAGUUGGGGCUAAGCAAAAACUAACCGAAGAUCCUAAUACUGGUGAGCAGAUUGGGACGGAAGAAAGUAAUGCACCUAACAUUAAUGCCUUUCAGGACUUUCUUCCGAAUGCUAUAGAAAGAGUCACCGUCAUGCCUACAGGUGAGCUUAAAAUUCCUUCCUUGAAAGCCGUUGUGGUCACAUCGAUAGAUAAUCUAAAUCGGUAUACUUUGGAAGUUAAAAAUGGAAGCAGUGAAAAAAAUCCCACUCGUGUUGUGGUUUUAGAAAAUGGUAAUACAAGAUGGAUGGAUUAUCUGCCACGUCCAGUUCUAUUAUCUACCGGUAGCAUACAUUUUUGGGCAGUCGCCUGUGAUGAUGCGUCGUUGCAUGUUUACUCCCUUACAGGAUCAAGGCUACUUCCACCGGUUAUGAUUGAUUCGAAACCGGUAUUUUUAGAAUGCAACAACAAUUUCCUUUUUUGCAUCUGUUCCAACGGAAUGGCCCACGCUUGGGAUAUUCUUAAUAAAAAAUCUUUAUUUAAUUCUUGUUCUUUAGCUCCUAUUUUAGAUUCCGCUACUCGAUUACAGAGUGAAGAGCCUCAUAUAGUGCCACAUAUCAUUUCAGCUAACAUAAGUCGCGAAGGCGUUCCAAGCAUUAGCUUAUCAACUGGACAAACAUUUGUGUACUCUAGCCUCAUGCUUUCUUGGCAAAGAGUCAGUGAUCCCUGGUGGGCGUUCGGCAGUAAGCACUGGGAUUCUAAUGGAUUAGAGAAUAAAGACAGACCCUUACGGUUUUAUGAGCAACAAACAAACGACGCACUAAUGGAGAUGGGAAGAGGAAAAUUUCUACACAGAAUGGUAGAGGAUUUUACGCACGAAGAGGGCUAUGAAGACUUUGAAAGAAUUAUGACGAUAAAUCAUUUGGAAAACAGAAUCUCAUCUGCGCGUUUGUUAAGUUUAAAUGACGAGUUUUUGGAGACAAGUGAAAGUUAUUGUAAACUAUUAAUGCAAAGCGGAUGCUGGAAUAAGUUGGAAGAGUUUUUGGACGAAGUUUACACUGACACAAAGACUACAAGUUUACUUUCUGGAAAGGAACUCGUUGCAAGGAUCCUAGUAGCUCUUCGCCAACUCGUGCAAACCGAUGCAGAAUUCGAGCGCGUAAAUAAAACCAUACAAAAGUACCCUACUUACUCAUUACUUUAA